CCCGUGACUCUCUCCCCAGUGGACGUGACUCUGGACCCAGGGACGGCUCAUCCCAACCUCGUCCUGUCUGAGGAUCGGAAAUGUGUGAGACACGGAGACACCCGACAGGAUCUGCCCGACACCCCCGAGAGAUUUGACACUUGUCCCUGUGUCCUGGGCUCGGAGGGGAUCACGGGCGGGAGGCGCUACUGGGAGGUGGAGGUGGGAGACAAGACGGGCUGGACCCUGGGUGUGUGCAGGGAGUCUGUGCGCAGGAAGGGGGGGGUCAGACUGACACCUGGCGAUGGAUACUGGGUUGCGUGGCUGCAGGACGGGGGAUACAAGGCCUGCACCUCCCCCAUGACCCCCCUCCCCGUGCACGUGCGGCCCAGGUGGGUGGGGGUUUUCCUGGACUACGAGCGGGGCGAAGUCUCAUUUUACAACGUGACCGACAGGUCCCAUCUCUUCACUUUCACUGACACCUUCUCCGGGACCCUGCGCCCUUUCUUCAAUCCUAGUCUCAAUGCUGGGGGCACCAACGCGGCUCCCCUGACCCUGUGCCCGGUCCCAGCCCAGCCCUGAGGGAAUCCCUGUCCCUGCCAUGACCCGCGGGGGGCACAGACUGUCCCCUCCCCGCGCCCCGACUGCCACCCCUCGGUGCCCCCGGGGUGGGGACAGGGCUGGGGUCUCCAUCACAGCACUUGCUUCAUGUCCCAAUCCCCACGUGCACAGCCUGGGAGGGACCGGCUCCAAGCUCUCGUCCUUCAUGUACAGAUCCCUGCCGUCCCCGUGGUUUGUCACUUGGGACUUUGCUUUCCUCUCUCAGCAGUGUCCUCCCGCCUCUCCUCUCCUCCCCUCCCUCCACACCCUGUCCUUUGCUCUCUGCGCCUCCUGCCAUAGCGUGUGAGGAGGUGAGCGCGUGCUCGUGAAAGCUGAUGCAUCUCCGAGUCCGUGAGCCCAGCGGUGCUCAAGCUUUCUGGUGCGCGAGUGCAGGGCCCCACACCACAUCUAGGGCCACACGUGCAGUUGGACUGCACAGGCGGACCCGGACCCCGUGCACGUACAUGACGGCUCAGUGCCCCGGGGACAGGGGUGCUUGGGUGGCAGGGUGUGGGGGCAGCAUCCCUAGCAGGGACAGCCUGCUGGAGCCGGGGCAGAGCCACGAUCCCCUGCGUGCGUGCUGUUGUGUCUUAUUGUGUUUGCUUGCACUGCCCCUUCCAGGCCAAGGCCCCCGUGGUCAGCAUUGCAGGGCUCAGUGGCUUGUGGCAGUUUUGCGGCACUGGUGACUCCAUUUUCGCUGCCACGAGGAGCUGGUGGGCAUUUGGUUCCUCUCACGCACCAGGACUGGGCAUAAUAAAUGACUGCUAGUUCAACACCGGAGUGAGCAGAGUGUUGUUGCUGAGCUCACAACUAAUCGCGUGCCCUGCCCGGAGCGUGCAGGCUACAGACCAUGGCUCUGCGCUGGCUCCGGAGCAAGCCGCCCGUCCCCCGUGCCCAGCACCUCUGGAGCAGCCCCUGCGCUGCUCUGCCGCGUGCUGGCGGCGUGGCUGAGGCGGGGUCUCCU